AUAAUUUUACCAUGGAUCCCACUAGCACUAGUGCCCACAUGCGAUGUGACCUGUGUAAUACCGCUGUGGUGCAAAUGGGCUGUGAUACAUGCCUUGUCAACCUGUGUAAGGCCUGUGUGGGAGAACACAUGACAUCUGAUGAAUCCAAAGAACACAAAAUUGUGAGAUUCACUCUAAGAAAAUCUUCUCCUCUCUAUCCCUUUUGUGCAUCUCAUAUCAAAAAAAGAUGUGAAAUGUACUGCAAUCAAUGUGAUAUUCCCGUCUGUGCUGCCUGUCUCAGAUCAGAUCAACAUCUUGGUCAUGAAUUAAUAAAAAUCUUAAAAGUUCUCGACGAAAAAAAGAAAAAGAUAAUCAAAGAACAAACUGAAUUAAAAAACACAAUUUACCCAAACUACCAGGACAUUGCCUCUGAUGUACAAAACAGAAUGAGACAGUUAAAAAAGGAACACGAAGAUCUUUCAACAGCCAUAACAAAACAUGGAGAGGACUGGCACAGAGAAAUUGACAAACUUGUCAAGAAACUUAAAGAUGAAGUUGAUGAGAUGAAAAAUAUACAGUUUCAAACUCUACAGAAUCAUAUGGAUGAAAUAAAAAAGAAAAUUUCUGACAUCAAGGAUGAAAUCAAUUCCAUUGAAAGAUUAGUAAAUUACAUUGACAUCACAAAGCUGAUUAAUGUCACAACUAAUAUAGAGGGAUAUAAAAACUCUCCACAAAUAAUUGAGCCGUCUUUACCAAAAUUUGCACUGGGAAAAAUCGAAGGAGACGAAUUUAACAAAAUGUUCGGAGGUUUAUCAUCCAGUUUAUUAGAAGAAGAUAAACUUGAUUACAGUAUGAAGAGUAAAGAGAAAUCACCGGAAGCUUCUCUUCCAUUCAAACAAUUUAUUGAUGAACCCGAGAUUAUCACCACUUUAAACACGAAUUAUCACUUGCUUUACAAUGUGGCCUGCCUGAAUGAUGACGAAAUCUGGACAACUGGACAAGACAGUACCAUAAAACUCUUCAGCAUCAGUCAGGGAUCACUACUCAAGUCAAUUGCAACUAAGUCAGAGUACAGACCGUAUGACAUAGCAGUGACAAAAAAUGGAGAUUUAGUUUAUGUUGAUACCAUGGAUGGAACUGUAAACAUUGUGAAGAAUAAGAAGAUACAAAAGAUGGUGAGAAAAAAGAGCUGGAUACCCAAUGGUGCCUGUAGUACCACCUCUGGUGAAUUUUUAUUUAUCAUGUACAAUAAUGAUAACGAACGAACACAAGUUUUCCGGUACCAUGGUUCCAUGGAGAAACAAAGCAUUGAGUUAGAUGAGGAAGGUAAACCUCUCUACUCAUCUGGUCCUGCAGGGAGAUGUAUAACUGAGAACAGAAACCUGGAUAUUUGUGUGUCAGAUAAUAAAGCUAGAGCAGUAGUGGUGGUCAAUCAGGCCGGAAAACUGAGAUUCAGGUACACUGGACAUACUCCUGCUCCAAAGAAUGAACCAUUCAGUCCUCAAGGAAUCGCCACGGACAGUCAGGGUCACAUUCUUACUGCUGACUAUAUCAAUGACUGUGUCCACAUCAUAGACCAGGAUGGACAGUUCCUCCAUUACAUACACUGUGGAAUUUCUGGACCUUUGGGAUUGUGUAUAGAUACAGAUGACAGUUUGUUUGUUGCUGAAUAUAGAAGCAAACAAGUAAAGAAAAUCAAAUUUCUGAUGUGAAACUAUAAAUAAAAAAAUUACAGCACAUAUAGAAUAUGAAAAUAUGUACAUUGGUCGAAUGAUCAUGAUUUAUGAGGAAGAUACGAACAUAAAAAAAGUCAUAUUUUCCCUAGGGUUUCGCUGAUGGGGAAUAGGAUUUUCUUUUGCUGAAUAAAUUUUCAUAUCUCCAAAAAAUCCAUGCCAUAAAUUAUUUAUUCUAACCUAUUUAUCCUAACGUUUAAAAUCAAACACAAGUU